CAAAUUGUGGCACAACACAGCUGACCUUCAAAAACUUAAAUAACAUCAAAAAUUUCAUAAAUAAUUAAAUUUCGGUUUUUAGGAUCGAAAGUUUCUAAGUUCAGGAAGAUUCCCUUUAUGUCUGAAAUGGCUAAUCCAAAAUCAAAAUACGCCGACUUACCUGGUAUUGCACUUGAUGAGCCAGAUGUUUAUGAGUCAAAUGAUCUACCAGAAUCAGAACAAACAGACAAUUUCUAUGAACCAGAGAAUGAGCCCGUGGAAAAAAUUCACAUUUCCUCUGAAGAGGCAUAUAAUAAGUUUAAAGGAAAAUUCCUUAUAUCAUCAAAUGUGGAUUUUUCUGAAAAAAUUGGAAAGAGAGUAAGAACCGGCUAUGAGGGAAGAAGUGGAGAAUGGGAACUAGCUGGACUAGGUGAAAAGGAAACUGCAAUUCAAAAAUACAGGCGUCUGCAAUGUGAAAUGAACGAACUGCUUGAAGAGGUUAACGAUCUUAAUAAAGGCAAGGAGGGCGAUGCUUUAAAUUGCUUAGUGCCAACUGAGCAAGUGGAGCAGUCUUUGAAACUUUUAGCUGAUCUUAAAUUGGAAGAGUCUCUAGGAGAAGAACUCAUUGCCAAAAUAUCUGAUCCUGAAGGCGCCCAGAUAAAGAAACUUCUAGCCCAACUAGAACAAUUCAAACUUCAAAUCAAUGAAAAUCCUGAGUCUCAAAAAGGUUCUGAAGAUGGAAUUGUUUAUCAAUUUAAUUAUAAGCCAGAGCACGUUAAGUUUAAGGAAACGGCCCGGAUUGCUGAGCUGGAGGGACGUUUGCAUAGAUUGGAAUCUGUCUUGGGAUCUUCCUCUGAUAAAGUUGCACGUCUGACCGCUGCUACUAACAAAGGUAGUUUACUAGAGGCAGCGCAAUACUUAAGUGCCACCGCAAGCUUAUUAGAUUCGUCUCAGUUAGACCACAUAGAGGGUAGGCUAUCUGCAUUGUCCCAAAAAUUAGACGCCAUUGCCCAAAAGAAAAAGGACCUUCAGCAAGAUGAAGAAAAGGAUAAAAUGAUUUUGGAACUUUAUGAAUUAGUCAAAAAUAGUGAGGAUAUAUCAAAAUUAUUGCCUCAAACCAUAGAGAGAUUGAAGUCUUUAGAGGCUCUACAUAAUAAAGCUACGGAGUUUACAAAAACCCUGACUCAGAUUGAGCUUCUUCAAUCGGAAAUCAGCAGCAGUGUUUUAAACAAUAAAACCCUGCUCCAAGGCGUCCAAGAAAGUUUUGCGAUUAACUUAAACGAAAUUAACCAAACGGUGAUGAGUUUAGAUUCCAGAAUUAAAGCUUUAAAAAAUAAAUAAGUAUAUUUCAACAAUAGGUAAAUAAAACUAGUUUGUACUCUUCACUGUAUGGUAUAAUUAGAAAUAAUAUUUUGCAAUCAUUUCUAUAUUAUUUAUUUUAUUCACUAAGGUUGUUGUUAUAAUUGUUUUUUUAUACAGUGUGUACAGAAUAAAAUGGUGUUUGUAUAUCAGAAACGGGUACAUAUACAGGGUCGGUUAUUGACAAUUGCGUAUUCCGGUUCCAACAAUAUAAAAGAGGCAUAUUUUAAAGGCAAAUAGAAGUUAUACAUCUAAAACAUCCAUAAUUUAUGAGCCUAUCGCUCUUUACAACCGACAUAUAAGAUAAACCAUCCUGAAAAAUACCAUUUAUUUAACUUCUGAACAACCCGGUUGGGCAGUACUUUUUACUUCCGUAUUUUCUCUGAUCGAUAUUAAAUAAAAGUUAAAUCGUCUAGUUUUUUUUAUGGACUGUAUUUCUUUAGUUAUGAUUCGAUUGAUGGUCGACAGGGAGAGCGCGAGCUCGGGCGCUUGGAGGUACAAAUUUAAACCGUGCCCUGUUGCCAAAUUUUUACAAAGUUAUUAAAAUCAUUGCGGAGCGUAACAUAACCGCCGGCCUUGAAAGCACACGCUUUCGAAAAUAAAUAUAACCUAAAUCUAAGAUACAAAAGAGGACUCAAUGAGUCUAAACGAGGAUUACAUAAUAUAAACUUAAACUAGUCACAUAAUAAAGGUAGGUACUUAAUAUAGGCAUAUAAAUAUAGGCUUGCAUAUAUAAACAGUUUUAAUUUUUUUACUUAAAUCAAAUUUCUGUUAGUUGACUUAAAGGUUUAUUAAUUACCACCACUAACCUGGUUUUAUCGCGCUACCAUAACUGCCCCUUUCCAUAGGUAAAAGACAAAGUUUUUGGAUUGCACGCUUAAAAACACCACGUAUCGUUUUAACACUGGCGGUACGAACUUCUCCAUUGCGAUCGGGAUGGACUGCAAUGACUCGACCCAGCCUCCAAUUUAGAGGAUGACUAUUUUCCUCCUUUAAAAUCACCAUUGAUCCUACUUCAAGGUUUGGAGAGGUGGACUGCCAUUUCUUUCUCUGCUGCAGUUGAGUUAUAUACUCGGAGCUCCAGCGUUUCCACAAAUGCUGGACUAUUUGUUGAAGGAGAUGGUACUGGCUUAAACGAUUGCUCUUGUUGUGGUAAAGCAGAUAAAGGUGCUCCAAUAAGGAAGUGACCUGGGGUUAGGGCUUGGAGGUCGUUAGGAUCUGAGGACAGUGGGGUUAGAGGUCUAGAGUUUAGAACCGCUUCAAUUUGAGAAAAUAUUGUAUAUAAUUCCUCAAAAGUUAAAUUUCUAUUUCCAACAAUUCUAACUAGGUGAUGUUUCGCGGAUUUUAUAGCAGACUCCCAAAGUCCACCUUGAUGAGGUGAUCUGGCGGGUAUGAAUUGCCAUUCAAUUUUAUUUUCUAAUAAAUAAGUUUCGACCGAUUUGUCUUUCUGAAUAUUAGCCAAAAAUUGAUUUACUUUAUUCAACUCGUUAUUUGCCCCUACAAAGUUGGUUGCAUUGUCGGAAUAAAUACGCUUACACAAUCCGCGUCUAGAUACGAAUCUCUUAAGGCAAUUCAGAAAGGUAUCUGUGCUGAGAUCACUAGCUAGCUCAAUAUGAACAGCCUUGGUGACAAAGCAAACGAACAUACACAUGUACCCCUUUAUUAUAGCUCGAUUUCGCAGCUUUCCAUCUUUUAAAUUAAAUGGACCCGCGUAAUCUACUCCGCAUAUAUAAAAUGGACGCUGCAGCGUCACCCGGUCUCUAGGCAAAUCACCCAUUUUUUGAUUCAACGUACUUGGUUUAACCCUAAAACAGGUAUGGCACUUAGAUAAAAUGCUACGUACUACUUUCCUACCAUUAAUUAUCCAAAAACGAUCUCUCAAAGCAGACAAAAUCGCUUGUGCACCCGCAUGAAGAUGCUUUUGAUGUUGAUCUAAUAUUAUUAGCCUAGUAAGAGGAUGUUUUUGGGGUAAUAUUAUAGGAUGUCUCGUAGAAAAUGCCUCCAAAGAUUUUCUUAGGCGGCCACCAACUAAUAUAAGACCCUCAUGAAAAAAUGGAUCUAACGAUUUAAGUUUGCUAUGCUUAGACACACAACCGCGCUCUUUUAAUGAACUAAUAUCCAUAGCAAACCCCUGAGCCUGUGCUAUUUUAACUAAAGAUGUCAAAGCCUUGUCUAUUUCGGUAAUUGUCAAAUUCUUAUUAUAUUCUCGACUAUCAGAUUUACUAGUUACAUUUCGGUAAAAUCUUAGACACCAUGCUGCUACUCGUGUAAGUUUAGAAAGAACUUUUUACGGUAAAUAUACUUUGAUCGGGAAUAACAUUUAAAAGUGUUAUUUUUUCUUUUUUCUUUUCGGAAAUUUCUUUAAUCUUUUCUACAUUUUGUUUUGGCCAGUAAUCCUGAUGUUCCGAUAACCAUACAGGUCCGAACCACCACAAAUUCGAAUCUCGUAACUGACUAGGAUCCAAACCACGCGAUAUGAUAUCCGCGGGAUUAUCCGAAGAUAUUACGUGAUUCCACUGUUCUAACUUACUUAAAUUUUGAAUUUCUUCAACACGGUUCGCGACGAAAACCUUUAGAUUACAAGGUUCAUCGGCAAGCCAUGCCAACACUAUAGUGGAAUCCGUCCAGAGCAAAAUUCUAUUUAUUUGUUAAGCAUCUAAAGCAUCUACGACCUUUUUCAUUAGCCUUGCUAACAGUAGAGCUCCACAUAACUCUAAUCGAGGAAGAGAUGUAAAAUGAAGUGGCGCGACGCGGGACUUAGCACAAAUAAGCCUAACUAAAAUGUUCCCGGCUCUACUUACGGAUCUCAAAUAUAGGCAAGCACCGUAUGCGUUUUCGCUUGAGUCGCAAAACCCGUGCACUUCUAUAAAAUUUGGGUCACUUAUUAUACAUUGCCUAGCUAUUGUAAUACAUAUCAAGGAUUCUAGCUGAUUAUAAAACAUAUUCCAAGCUGUUAACAAGUCCAACGGAAUUGAUUCGUCCCAUCCUAACUUCAAUUUCCACAACCUUUGCAAAAUAAUUUUUGCUUUUAUGGUAACGGGACCUACCAACCCAAGGGGGUCAAAAAUUUGUGAAAUUACAGAUAAGAUAAAACGUUUUGUGACAAAAUUGGCUUCGCUCGGUUUGAUAGAAUAUUCAAGGGUAUCAUUUUUUGCCCUCCAAAAAAUUCCUAAAGUUUUUCUUUUAUCGUUAUCUAUGGUAAAAUGAUUUGUCGUGCUAUCAUUUUCGUUAGACAAAGCCGUUAAGACUUCAUCUUUGUUUGAACACCAUUUGCGUAAUGGAAAACCGUAUUCCGCUAAACACUUCGACAAUUUUUGGCCAACAUCUAUCGCGGUUUCGACAGAACUAGUCGUAUAGAUCCAGUCAUCUACGUAAAAAUAUUUAUUAAUUAUUUCACUUAACUCAGGUGAUUUUUCUUUUAAAUUAUUAGCGAUUUGCUUUAUGCACCUGGUGGCCAAAAACGACGCUGAGGCCGUCCCAUACGUAACGGUAUUUAACCUAAAAUGUUCGAUUUCUAAACAUGGAUUCCUACGCCAAAUAAUGCGCCGUAAGUCACGAUGUUCCGACGCUAGAUUCACCUGCCUAUAGAUUUUUGCAAUAUCUGCUGUAAUAACUACGUUAAACUGCCUAAACCGUAUCAAUAUUUCAAAAAGUUCAUCUUGUAUAGUAGGCCCUAUCAUUUAAUGAAAUACCACUACUUGAUUUUGCGCUUGCGUCGAAGACUACUCGCAGCUUUGUGAUAAGACUGGACAACGACUUUGUGGUAAGACGUUUACAACCGCAUGGUGGGGUAAAUAAAAGAUUCUGUUACUACACUCUAUCUCGUUUUUAGGAAUCUUACUCAUAUGGUCUAGAGAAAUAUAUUCAUCCAUAAAAUCACAAUAGUUUUUCUUAAGUAAGGGAUUUUUUGAUAAUUUCUUUUCUAAAGAAAAUAAUCUAUUUUUCGCUUGAUUAAGACUUUCACCUAAGCUAUCAACAUUCGACUUUAAGGGUAAUUUAACGCAAAAACGUCCAGUUUCGUCCCUGGUUACAUUUUCUACAAAAUUAUUUUCACACUCUUGUUUUUCUCUAGAGAGUCUUUUUACAACCGGAUACUCUUCUAAUGCCCACAAUUUAUCUAGCUGUGCCUCUAUAGUCUCGUAAGCUAAGUGACAAUGAACUCUAUCGUUACUUAAAGAUUGUGGGUUUUGAUUAUUUAUAUACAAAGGCCCCGAAACUAUCCAACCUAAUACUGUCUUUUGCAAAACAGGCAUUUGUUUUCCUAACUUGAUUUGCCCUGCACAUAAUAAAUCGAAAAAAAUCCCUGCGCCCAACAAAAUAUCUAUUUUGGCUGAUCUAUUGAACUCGGGGUCAGCUAAUUUAAGAUUUGCUGGAAUUGUUCAUUUGGAAAGUCAAAUGAACAAGAGGGAAUGUUUGCAGUAAUGUUUUUUAAUACUAAAAAUGACAAAUCAGCAGUGUAGUUAUUAUUAUAAACUGACUUAAUUUUGCUAUUAACCUGACAAUUUAUGUUCGUUACUACCUCACCAGAUAUUGGUACGCUUGUUCUAUUGAAUUUCAGCCCUAAUUGUUUCGCUAAGUCUUCUGAAACAAAAUUUACUUGCGAUCCACUAUCUAACAGCGCUCUGCUUUUUACGAAAUUACCAUUUGCAGCCUUUAUCUCAACGCAUGCUGUGGACAAAACAAUUUGUCUUGCGGGUUGGAUUGUACUAUUACAAGCAGCAACCACCACCUGCUCUUCAGAAUCCGAUUUUUCUGUAGAAGUAACCAUAGCCGUGUUACAAUUAUUUUUAUCAUCGAUGGCUGCGCUAGAAUCAGGAUGCAACAUGGUGUUGUGUCUGCGUUUACAUUUUCUACAACCUGAUAACCUACAAUCUUUCACCUGAUGACUAGACCUUAAGCAGUUGAAGCAUAAUUUUAAAUUCCUAACUUACUCUGCGCGUUUUUCUACAGGGAAUGCAAGCAAUGUUUCACAAAAAUAAACAUAGUGAGCACCCUUGCAAUACUCACAUUUUACUGUAUUUAAAUGACUGCUAUUAUUGUUACUAUCAUAACCUACAACUGCGUAUGAGCCUCGAUUUCCUACUAAUUGCUUGGUAAAAUUCUUAGAAGAUUUAUUGUUAUAUUCUACCGAUCCUAAAACUCUAGCUUUAUUCUGUAAAAAAUUAAUAAAUUCUUCAAAAGUUGGAUUUCCGCUAAAUUGAUCUAUGGCUUUUUUCUCCCACUCCUUUUUUGUGUCUAAAUCCAACUUCCGAGUGAGGAAAAAUAUUAACAACCUACCCCAUUUGUCUACCGGCUCUCCCAAGGCCCUAAGUGCCCUUACAUGUUUCUCCACGCUAUCCACCAUACCUUGAAGCAAUUGAUGCGACUCUUUAUUGAUUGAAGCCAUGUCAAACAAAGCCUUUAAAUGCGAUUGGAUAAUGAUAGGCUUGUUAUAAAACCUUUUUUUAAGUAACUCAAUUGCUACAGCGUAAUUAUCGUUCGUUAUUUCUAAACAUUCUAAAACUCUCCUAGCUUCCCCUUCUAACGAAUCCAACAGAUAAUAAAAUUUUUGAAUGUUAUCUACCACUGUAUUCUUAUGAAUUAACGUUUCGAAUGUUUCAAAAAAAAUUGAGGAAAUUUACUGUAGUCACCCCCAAACUUAGGUACCCCUAAUCUAGGUAACUGCACGCUAGCAGUAGGCAUAUUAUGUUGGGGCUGUACGGCUAAAUUCGGUAGGCUACUAUUUUCCGCUUCAAAAGUGUCUAAAAAUUCCCGAGACGUCGAAACGCACUUAUAAUAAAGGGAUUCAAAUUCGUUCACUGCCUCCUCCCGAAUUAUCCGAACUGUACAGACCUCUUGUUUCGGGCUGCGGCUAGCAAAUAUAUAAGCUAUAUCUACCGGCCAGCAGAUGGAAUAAAGGCGAUGGUCCAUUUUAAGUGCCGGUCCAAAAUAGGGACCUCUCCCCUACGUGUUUGGCUUAAACUGUUCAAAAUUAGGUCGGCUAUCAUACCCUUAAAGGAUUGCGCUAGCCUUUCGGAUACCCUGUAUACCAAAUUUAGAAAUCGAUAAUUUUUACUAGGAGCAAAGAAUUUCCUUAUAUCCACCGUUGGUGCUUACAAACAAUAUAACAAAUUUAUUGUUGUACACUUUACUGCGAUGUUGACAAUCGUUGCGCCGUGAUGAAUUUCAUAUUUAAUUAAUAUUUUAGUUAAUCUAAGUUAUUAAGUAAAUAGGAAAACCAUCUAAUAAAUAGUCUAUCUUAGUUAAUUAAUAUCUGUAAUUUGGUCGAUUGAAUUAAGCCAAAGUGAGGUCUCGUAUCAAUAUUAUGUGAAACACCCAUCAUAUGUGAGUAUUUGCUUUACCGUUACGUAAUAUUUACAAUAGUGACCAACCCAUAUGUGAAAAUGACUUCUUCAAUUUUAAACUAAAAUCCAUAUGUACCCCAAUUUAUUCUGGACACAUUUGAUAUUAGAUAUUUAUUGUAAUCUAUUACCUUUUUUUUUACUAAAAAUAAAACAAUAACAUAAAAAGUA